AUGCAGGGAUCGCGGUCCGGCCAUCCACUGACGAUGAUCACAAAGCCGUGCCAACGGCCGCUCAACGUCCUCGCUCAUAUGGGGUACUACUUGGCCGAUGGCAUAUACCCAAGAUGGCCUGUUUAUUUGAAGACGAUCAGCUGCUCAAUUGGUGAGAGGAGUGUCUUGUUUGCUGCAAAGCAGGAGUCCGCGCGGAAGGAUGUGGAGCGGGCUUUUGGGGUGCUCCAAUUGCGGUGGGCAAUCUUGAAAGGUCCGGCGCGUUUCUGGUACAAGGAAGUCAUCGCCGACGUCAUGUAUGCGUGCAUUAUCAUGCAUAACAUGAUAGUCGAACAAGAACGUGGGCAUGCCACCGAUUGGGUGGAUGAUGAAGCCGGAUCUAGCUCCAGCACGGCAACCUCGCCAGUCACUCGAGGAUUACCGAUGGGCUUCGGUGCGGUUCUACAGCGACAGGCCUCAAUGCGCAAUCAACAAGACCAUACUCAGCUCAUGACCGACAUGGUUAUAAAAGUUUGA